GAGAAUGCAGAUGGCAAAUAUAUUUCCCCAUUUCAUGACAUUCCACUGUUUGCUGCUUCUAAAGAGGAUAAAGAGAUUCCUGCAAAGAGGUCAAAGACUACUGGAAGUGAGGUCCUGUUUAAUAUGGUUGUAGAAGUGCCUCGUUGGACAAAUGCAAAAAUGGAGAUUGCCACUGAGGAGCCAUUGAAUCCCAUUAAACAAGAUAUAAAGAAAGGAAAGCUUCGAUAUGUGGCAAAUAUCUUUCCUCACAAGGGUUAUAUAUGGAAUUAUGGUGCCCUCCCACAGACUUGGGAAGAUCCAAACCAUAAAGAUAAUGUUACAGGAUGUUGUGGGGAUAAUGAUCCUAUUGAUGUUUGUGAAAUAGGUUCAAAGAUUCGUUCUUCUGGUGAGAUUGUUCAGGUGAAGGUCUUGGGUGUUUUAGCUCUUGUUGAUGAAGGAGAGACAGAUUGGAAGAUAAUUGCUAUCAGUGUGGAUGACCCAGAAGCUCAGAAAAUCCAUGAUAUUGAUGAUGUCAAGAAGCACAAACCAGGUUACCUUGAAGCUACAGUUGACUGGUUCCGAUUAUAUAAAGUCCCUGAUGGCAAACCAGAGAAUCAGUUUGCUUUUAAUGGACAAUUUAAAGACAAGGAUUUUGCUGUUGAAAUUAUUAAAUCUACCCAUGAAUACUGGAAAGCUUUGCUUCAUAAAAAAGCUGAUGGAGGUGCUAUCAAGUGCACUAAUGUUCUGGUGAGUGGCAGCCCAUUUUGUUGCAGUGAGGAGGAUGCCCGGUUGAUUGUGCAGUCGGCACCAUUGUGUGUAAAUGGAGAUUCUGUUUCCCCAGGAGUGGAUUCCUGGCACUUUUUUCCCAAGUGAUCGUCAGUGUUCUGAAAUGGCAUCAUCAAAUCUUAAAGUCAUCCCUUUCUGAAGACAGACAAGCAGUAAUUGUUGGGUUCCCGUUGAAACAACUUUUCAACUUGUGUAAACCUUCUCUCAUGUAAAUAAAACCUGACAUUAU